ACCUAUGCAAUCAGCUGUUCCCAAUGAAAAAAAUAUAAGAAUAUAAGAGGCAGUAAUUUAAAAUUUUUCCAACUUUGGUUUUUUGAAUAGGGAAAAUGAAUAAAAUUUGUAGCAGCUUAAUCUGUGUGCUGCGCCCAUCCAGCAUUGAAAAAGCCUACACAACCUCGGUCAUUCUCGGGCGGAGGAUUUCUUUUAAAAGCGAAUUGUCGCUUGAUAAAUUAUACCCCAACAGUCGCCUGAAGCUUUAUACGCCCCCACCGCCUACAAAUUCAGGGGACAAAUUCUCUGGUUUCAUACCAAUCAAUAAACUUGAAAUAACAUACAGCCGCAGCUCCGGACCUGGUGGGCAGCACGUGAAUUGCGUAAACACAAAGGUGGACUUGCGUUUCAAAUUGGCAAACGCAGAAUGGAUACCAGAAAAGACGAGGCUAAAGCUACUGGAAGCUUUACAGAAUAAGCUCACCAAGGAAGGUUACUUUGUCAUAAAAAGCGAUUUGACACGAUCACAGCAAAUGAAUUUGGCUGAUGCCUUGGAGAAGCUACGUAACUUAAUACGUGAAUACGAAAUAGAAAAACCUCCGCCGACAGAAGAAAGCUUAGAGAAGUUGCGUCGUAGACUGGAAAAAUCUGCGCGUGAACGUCUGUUGGUGAAACGCCAACGAUCACUUACUAAAUCUUCGAGGCAAGGGCCAAAUAUCACGGACUUGUAGAAAAUGUUGAAUUGUAAAAGAGAUUUUUUUUUCCAAAAAGUAAACUUGUGAACGUUUUGUAAAUUGUUUAAUUGAAGAAGAAAAACUGCAAAUAAACAUUUUUAAGUUAGAACGUGUA